AAACUACACGUAACGGCUGGUAGCGAGCCGCCAGUGUUGGUAAGUGUGCCACAUUUUAAACACUAUCUGCUGUGAGUUGCGCUGCUGCUAGUGUUUUCAUUUUCAUUUCCAAUUUUUUCGGUUCAAAGUCAUGUACAAAAAUGCACUGAAAGGUGGUAUUCGCACGGCCAAGCAGGCUUGGAAGUUAAAAAACGGUGAUUACACAAUGUUUUCAGUCAGUGCAGCUUGGCAUUUAGCGGGUUGCGUGGGCGGCGGAACAGCUGAUCGGGGGUCUAGCGGCCCACUUCCAGUCGUUCCACUUUCCAAGUGGGCCACUCGAAGCGUGUUGUUCGCUGCCGCCGCAUAUUGUUCGUUUUUUCUCCGCUAAAUUAAAUCGGGAGUAUAACUGGAAUCGCCGCCAGAUAUACUCAGAGUUGCUACUUCCCCGCCAGAAUCGCCCCGAGAACACCUUUGUUGCUACUAAAAACGACAGGCGAUAACAACAGCUCCCCCCGUACCGUUGCUAACCAUUAUCGGACAGCUCCAGUUAACCCCCCGGAGCAGCCGAAACCGAACCCCAGCGGAGAAGCAGAUAAGACCACCUCAGUAAAGCAUCUUUUUCGAGCAGAAAGCGGCCACCUCAACGCGCUAAUCUCGUCAAAGCAAUUCGUGAAGGUGCAAAAGCAGUUCUACAGGGACUUCUCUUCCGCUUCGCUUGGAGCCCCCCUGAAGUGCAGUGACGCUCCGUUGCUGGGAGAUUUGUGCAGUCAGUAUCGCGCCAUUCUCGCUCACACAUCAGCGGACGUGAUUCCAGGUCAGGAUCGCCAUCAUCCAGGGUGCAACCAUCAGCAGAUCAGGCGGGCACACACACAGUUACUGAGCAACGAGCAGCAACUGGAGCAGGAGCGCAAGAUGGCCCAGAAGGCAAAGUUCGAGAGGCUGCCCACCAAUGUGGUGCCAAGACACUAUGAGCUCCUCCUGCAGCCCAAUCUCAUGGAGUUCACCUUCACGGGCAAGACCAUAGUGCAAGUCAAUGUCAAGGAGCCCACUACCCAGAUAACCCUGAAUGCCCUGGACAUUGUUCUUGAUUCGGUGGAGCUCCACUACGAGUGCACCAAACUGAAGCCGGAGAAGAUAGUCUACUCCGCGGAAAAUGAGACGGCCACCCUGGAGUUUGCCCAAGAGAUUCCAGCGGAAACUCAGGGCGUACUGCACAUGUCCUUCACGGGCGAGUUGAACGACAAGAUGAAGGGCUUCUACAGGAGCAAGUACUUCGGGCCGAACGGCGAUGAGCGCUAUGCGGGUGUCACCCAGUUUGAGGCCACCGAUGCCCGACGCUGCUUCCCCUGCUGGGACGAGCCCGCCAUCAAAGCCACCUUCGAUAUCACACUGGUGGUGCCCAAGGAUCGGGUGGCUCUGUCCAACAUGCCGGUCAUCAAGGAGGAUUCUCUGCCAGGUGGUCUGCGACGAGUGCGUUUCGACCGCACGCCCAUCAUGUCCACCUACCUGGUGGCCGUCGUAGUGGGCGAGUACGACUAUGUUGAGGGCAAGUCCGACGAUGGCGUCCUCGUCAGGGUUUUCACGCCCGUUGGCAAACGCGAGCAGGGAACCUUCGCCCUGGAGGUGGCAACCAAGGUGCUGCCGUACUACAAGGACUACUUCAACAUCGCCUAUCCGUUGCCCAAAAUGGACCUUAUCGCCAUCUCCGACUUCUCUGCCGGUGCCAUGGAAAACUGGGGCCUGGUCACAUACCGCGAGACCUUCGUGCUAGUGGAUCCCAAGAACACCUCGCUGAUGCGCAAGCAGUCGAUUGCAUUAACAGUGGGUCACGAGAUUGCCCAUCAGUGGUUCGGCAAUCUGGUAACUAUGGAGUGGUGGACCCAUCUUUGGUUGAACGAGGGCUAUGCCUCUUUCGUGGAGUUCUUGUGCGUACAUCACCUAUUCCCAGAGUACGACAUCUGGACGCAGUUCGUCACAGACAUGUACACGCGAGCCCUGGAGCUGGACUCUCUGAAAAACUCUCAUCCCAUCGAGGUGCCCGUCGGCCAUCCGUCCGAAAUCGACGAGAUCUUCGAUGAGAUCAGCUACAAUAAGGGUGCCUCGGUGAUUCGCAUGCUGCACGACUACAUUGGCGAGGAUACCUUCAGAAAGGGCAUGAAUCUGUAUCUAACUCGUCAUCAGUAUGGAAACACCUGCACCGAGGACUUGUGGGCUGCUCUGCAAGAAGCCAGCUCAAAGAACGUGGGCGAGGUGAUGUCCUCGUGGACACAGCACAAGGGCUUCCCAGUGGUUAGCGUUGAGUCAGAACAAACAAGCAAGAACCAGCGUCUGCUGCGCCUUAAGCAGUGCAAGUUCACGGCCGAUGGAUCGCAGGCGGACGAGAAUUGCCUCUGGGUGGUGCCAAUUUCGGUGUCCACCGCUAAGAAUCCCACAGGCAUCGCCAAGACUUUCCUGCUGGACAAGACCUCGAUGGAGGUGACCCUCGACAAUGUCGACGAGGACGAUUGGAUCAAGAUUAAUCCGGGAACAGUGGGUUACUAUCGCACCCGCUACUCGCAAGAAAUGUUGGAGCAGCUGAUGCCUGCAGUGGAAAAGAUGGAGCUGCCGCCUCUAGAUCGCCUGGGAUUGAUCGAUGAUAUGUUUGCCAUGGUGCAGGCGGGUCACGCAAGCACUGCCGAUGUUCUGGCUCUGGUAGAUUCGUACAGAAACGAGACGAACUACACGGUGUGGACUGCUAUCACCAACUCGCUAACCAAUCUGCACAUUCUUAUCUCGCACACCGAUCUUAUGGAGGACUUCCAUCGCUUCGGAAGGAAUCUGUACGAGCCGGUGGCUUACCGCCUUGGCUGGGAGCCACGCGAUGGGGAGAAUCACCUGGACACUUUGCUCAGGAGCCUGGUGCUCACACGCUUGGUCUCCUUCCGCAGUAGCGAUACCAUCGAAGAGGCGCAACACCGCUUCCGCAGCCACGUGAACGGUACAGAGUUGCUGCCGGCGGAUCUGCGCACCACUUGCUACAAGGCUGUCCUGCAGGAUGGCGACGAAAAGAUCUUCGAGGAGAUGCUUAAUCUGUACAGGGCCACAGAUUUGCAUGAGGAGCAGGACCGCAUAUCGCGAGCUCUGGGUUGCUGCGGAGAUGUUACGCUGUUGCGUCGUGUCAUUGACUUUGCCAUGUCGGGUGAGGUGAGAGCUCAGGACUCUGUGUUUGUAAUUGUCGCCGUGGCCAUCAACCCCAAGGGCCGUGACAUGGCUUGGGACUUCUUUAAGGAGAACAACAAACAGCUCCUGGAACGCUACCAGGGUGGCUUUUUACUUUCCCGUCUGAUUAAGUAUCUCAUCGAGAACUUCGCGUCUGAGGAGCGCGCCAAAGAGGUGGAAGAGUUCUUCCAGGUCAACCAAAUCCCCGGCUGCGAGCGUACUGUAUCUCAGGCGGUGGAGACGAUCCGCCUCAACGCCGCCUGGCUACAGCGUGAUCGCGACCAGUUGGCGACGUUCCUCAGGGAUGACGAAUAAACGCUAUUGCGCCCGCCAGCAUACCAAAGCAUUUAACAACAAUCACCAGCAGUGUAACCACAGCAACAGCAACGCAGCACCAUCAAGAGCACCAGUAACCCGUAACCAGGUCAUCGUAAACUACAGCUAAUAUCUCCAUAACACCACACGACCAAAGCCGUCACAAAUGAAGAAAACAAAGGGCAAACGUACUCCUAAAGAUGAGAGCCAAAUAGGUUAGCUUUAGUCAAGGAUCCACCUACAGCCACUGCUCCAACCGGGCGUGCUUACAUAUAUUGAUUGACUACUCGCCCUAUCACAAGGGCGGACUUGGACGCAGACCCCUAGCAGCAUUUAAGACCCUUAAGCUUAUCGAAUGACUUUCCAUUCAACAUUUCUAUCCCCUGAAAAUUAUGUACGUGUUGAUUUUAUUACAAUAAAUAAAUGCAAUUCCUAGUAAGAGUCAAAACCAA